AUGUUGAAGAAAUUGUAUGCAUGGUGGACGCAGAAGAGUAGGAGGGAUCUGCUACUCGAAGCCAUCAGCGAUGCGCGUCUCUUUGAGGAAUGGGAGGGUGCUGCGUUCAAGCUCGACGAGUGUCUUGACUAUGAUAUGUGGCGGCAGACUGCCAUCAGCAAAGACUACGACCACCGCCUCAUCCACCAGCGACUCUCCUCCAUAUAUGAAGCGCAAGAAGAUAACGACAUCCUCGGCCUCAUCAGCCUCCUUCGUAGCGGUCUCGUACGCAACCUUGGAAAUAUCACCGCGUCCAAGCUGUACAACCGCGCAUAUGCGGGGACGAAACUGCUUAUCGAGGACUAUGUCACACAAGUCGCGUAUGCAAUUGAGAACCUCACACAGUACCCCACUUCAGCGAGUUCGGAUACUGGGUUGACGAACCAGGCGAAGCUAGAUGUCCUACAUGAUACAAGGCAGGCUUUUGGGAGAUCCGUGUUGGUACUUCAAGGUGGAGCAAUUUUCGGCCUGUGCCACCUGGGUGUCGUGAAGGCGCUACAUCUGCGCGGUUUGCUCCCCCGUAUCAUCGCUGGGACGGCUACGGGCGCUCUCAUCGCUGCGCUAGUGGGGGUCCACACAGAGGAUGAGCUACUCGAUUUCUUGUCGGGAAAGAAUAUCGACUUGACUGCCUUUACAAAUCGGCCAUAUAGGAAUGGGGCCGGUGGAAGUAGAUGGAUCGAAACCUUACUUCGCCGUGUCAAGCGAUGGUGGAGGGAAGGCCACUUCCUGGACGUUCGUGUCUUGGAGCAAAUGCUGAGAGACAAUGUGGGCGAUUUGACUUUUGAAGAAGCGUAUACCAAGACGAAGAGAGUGUUGAACAUCACUGUGACCACUAGUGGUGGUGGCGGUGUGCCGAAUUUGCUGAAUUAUCUCACAGCUCCCAACGUUCUUAUCUGGUCGGCAGCCCUUGCCUCAAACGCCACAUCCUCCUCCACACUCUACCAUUCGGUGACUCUAAUGUGCAAAGACGAGAACGGCCAGAUAGUGCCUUGGUCCCCAGCAUGCGGCACUACAUUUAAGCCCUACACACACGCCUCCUAUCGCGACCGCGAGUCUCCACUCCAUCGCAUCGGUGAGCUCUUCAAUGUAAACCACUUCAUCGUCUCACAAGCGCGGCCCUACCUUGCGCCUUUCCUACGCUCCGAUUUACAUCACCCCAACCCGCGACAAGACGGCCGCUGGCGGCUUAGCAUGCCCGUUCUACGACUUGUUGUACUGGAGGUUCAGCACCGAUUGCAUCAGCUCGAUGAGCUAGGCCUCCUGUCGCCCUCAAUCCGGCGAUUUCUCCUCGAUGAAAACAUCCCCGGCCCGAGUCUUACGCUUGUCCCCGAACUUACACCGGGUGACUUCUUCAAGCUACUGGAAAACCCCACAAGCGAAGCGAUUGACUACUGGAUCCUGCGCGGGGAGCGUAGUGUGUGGCCUGCUGUAACAGCGUUGAAGAUUAGGUGUGCAAUUGAAGUGGAGUUGGAUAGAGGUUAUCAGCUUGUCAGGAGAAGGAAGCCAUUUGAUCCUAUUGGCAGUAGCACUAGUAAUGGUGGUAGUAGUGGGCUACGCAAGAGCGGAAGUAGAGGUGAGGGCAUGUCCAGUCAAGGGUAUGAAGCUGACAGCAAGAGUGACAAGGCGAGCAAGAGGGCAAGGGCUGCUAGUGUUGGUGGUGGGGCUGUGGGGUAG